AUGGUUCCGGUGAACUUACCCAAGCAGCUUCUCGAAUUCAAUUUCAGGAAUAUCCAUAUGGUUGGAAUAAACUUUGUGCAAAGCAAUACGUAUACAUCGGAAGGAUUUAAUUGGUUAGUUUUUGAAUUCAAGAAAUCAUUUCAUGUUUACUUUCAGGCAACUUUUGAUGCGAAAGAAAAAUGGCAAUUUUCAAUUUGUCAUUUCGGUGUCUCGCGAACACAACAACUCCACUUUUUCAAUUGAAGCAUAUGGAUUGAUAAGAAUCGAAAACGAAAAGGACGCUAAUCAAGACGAGAUAAUCACUAUUCCAAAUACUAUAAUAGUUCAUGAUGGAGUUGGUGAAAAUCAAAAGUUUUCUAUGAAAUUGAAAGUUCAAGAAAUGCAGGACAGGGGAUUUCUGAGCCGAAAUCGGAUCAAUGUUGUUGUAGAUCUGUUUGCAUCACAUUUGGUUCAUCCACAGAAUAUCGAUGGAACAAAUCAUGAAAUUCAAGUCGAUGGAGUAAAUGUGUAUUUUAAUAAAAUUCGGAGUUUACUAACAAUAAAUUUCAUUUUUUUUAACUUUUUAGAAAUUCAAAAAAGACCAUUCCAAUCAAGUGUGAUAUAAUGCGAGAGAGAAGAGUGCAGCAGACAUUGCUGGCGCACAAUCGGUUUUUACAGCUGAGUCGCUGAAAAUUUCGAAAAAAAAAUUGCAAAAAAAAAUAAAAUAAAAAUUCAAGGUACUUUCGCGGAAACACUUUUUGGGUCUCGUGCGGAUUCGUACGGUAGCUCGAUUUUGUUUUUUCAAAAUUUUCAUUUCUUUUUUUUUUGCCCAAAAGCCGGGUAAUUUUUCGAUUUUUCAGCCAAAUAAAGUUAUGAAGGAAGCAUUUUUCAGAUAAAAUGUCGUCGGCUUUCAAACCAGUGGAAAACGCGUUGCAAAAUGUUGAAAAAUAUGUGGGCGCUGAAAGAAAAACUGUGAGUUCAACAUUGAAUUUAAUCUCAACUAACCUAAUUUCUUCCAGUUGUCAAUUAUGUUUGCGGUUUUCUCCACAGUCAGCUACAUUUUCUACAACUACGCCUUUCUUUUCUCAUUCAUUUUCUGCUUGGUUUAUCCAAUUGUUGAAACAUCGUAUUUCAUGACGGGAAGAGUUUCACAACGCGAUUGUCGUCGAAUGCAUGCUUAUUGGUUGUUGCUCACAAUUUUCUCGAUUUGCGAUUUCACUUUUUUGGGAGAAUGGCCAAUGUUCUACUUUAUCAAGGUAAGAACGGCUCAAGAAGACUUUUAAAUUGGUUCUUUCAACAAGUUUGAUUUAAAUUUCAUCAUCAAGUUUAAUUUCCCACCAGUUUAUUCCUUCAAAUUACCAAUUUCAGGCAGUCUUCUUCUUCUAUGCAAUCGCUCCAGCAUUCAAUCUUCUCGACAAAUUCGCAGCUUUGUGGAGUCAAAAUCAUGCUGAUUCUGCAUCUGAUGGAAUAUCGAAAUGUCCAAUGUCGGAAAAAUUCGAAUAA